GGCUGGCCAUUGGGAAGGGGCCAGCAGGGUCCAUCAUGCAUGUUCCUUUGUGGCUGGUGGUGUGCCCUCCCCUUUUACAGAUGAGAAAACUGAGGUCCAGAGGCUCAUAGACUAAAGGACUACCUAUGCCAUGCAGCUUGUACAGGGCAGAGCAGGGAUUCAAGCUUCUAUCUGCUCGUUUCAUGGCACCAGUUCACCUCCUCCAGCUCCAUCAGGGCUCCUGUGGUAUCAGCGGCGGCUCCAGCUGCGGGUCUUCCGUCCUGGCGGGAGGCUCCUGCCGGGCCCCCAGUGCCUACGGGGGCCUGUCCUCCUCCCGCUACUCCUCCGGGGGUGUCUGCGGGCUGGGGGGCGGCUAUGGAGGCAGCUUCAGCAGCAGCAGGAGCUUCGGUGGGGCCCUGGGUAGCAUCUUCGUUGGAGGAUAUGGUGGCGGUCUUGGCGUCCGCCUCAGUGGUGGCAAUGGUGGCCUCCUCUCUGGCAACGAGAAGCUCACCAUGCAGAACCUCAAUGACCGCCUGGCCUCCUACCCGGAGAAGGUGCGUGCCCUGGGGGAGGCCGACACGGAGCUGGAGGUGAAGAUCUGAGACCGGUACCAGAAUCAGAGGCCCAGACCCGCCUGCGACUACAGCCCCUACUUCAAGACCAUCGAGGACCUGCGGAACGAGAUAUUCGAGGCCACAAUAGAGAAUACACAGCCCCUUCUGCAGAUUGACGAUGCCAGGCUAGCAGCCGAUGACUUUAGGACCAAGUAUGAACAUGAGCCGGCCCUGUGCCAGGGCAUGGAGGCUGACAUCAAUGGCCCGCGCAGGGUGCUGGACGAGCUGACCCUGGUAACAACUGACCUGGAGAUGCAGAUCAGCCUGAAGGAGGAGCUGGCCUACCUGAAGAAGAACCACCAGGAGGAGAUGUUUACCCUGCGGAGUCAGACCAGCGGGGACGUCAGUGUGGAGGUGGAUGCUGCCCCCGGCGUGGACCCGAACCACAUCCUGAAUGAGAUGUGCGACCAGUAUGAACAGAGAGCAGACAAGAACCGCAGAGAUGCCGAGGCCUGGUUCCUGAGCAAGGUGACAUGGGUCCUCAGUCCUGCUGCAGGACUUGCCAGCCUGGGUGCCUCUGGAGUGCCCCACACCUUCUGUUCUUUCCUAUCUCAGAAAGAGGAGCUGAGGGGCUUCCCUGGUGGCGCAGUGGUUGAGAGUCCGCCUGCCGAUGCGGGGGACACGGGUUCGUGCCCCGGUCCGGGAAGAUCCCACGUGCCGUGGAGCGGCUGGGCCCGUGAGCCAUGCCCGCUGGGCCUGCGCGUCCGGAGCCUGUGCUCCGCAGCGGGAGAGGCCACAACAGUGAGAGGCCCGCAUACCACAAAAAAAAAAAAAAAAAAAAGAAAGAGGAGCUGAACAAAGAAGUGGCCUCUAACAGCGAGCUGAUGCAGAACAGCCGCAAUGAGUUGAAUGAGCUCCGAAGGUGCUCCAGGGCCUGGAAGU